AUGCCCUUCAUCAAGACGCGUCCAAGAAUGCUGGACUCCUCAGUGGCAGAUGCAAUGACCCGACUGACCCUAAAACUCUUAGAGAAGAAACUGGAGCAAGAGCGUGAGAAUGUGGAAGGGGAUUCUGAGGACCCUCACUUCGUGCCAGGAAAUGAGGACAGGCCGGAUGCAGCUGUACUGAGUGCUCUGAGGAGGAGGAAAGACCUUCUGCAGAGACUCUGGGAACAGCACCUCCUGGAGGAGGUGUCCCAGCCCCGAGCCCCGAGCGGGGUGAACAGAGGAGGAGCCUGGGGAUCAGCACUGCCCCCAGAGGUGGCCCCGGUGGGCAUCCGCCCGGCUGUCUCCCCACCCCCGCCAGCCCUGGAGCCACCACACAUUAUCCAACACUCGGUCCCCCAGCCUCCUGCCACCAUUAUUCAACAACUACCUCGGCAGCCACUCAUCGCCCAGAUUCCCCCUCUCCAGGCCUUCCCCACUCAAAGGUCAGGAAGUAUUAAGGAAGACAUGGUGGAGAUGAUGCUGAUGCAGAACGCACAGAUGCACCAGAUCAUGAUGCAAAACCUGAUGCUCAAAGCCCUGCCCUCUGGGGGAUCACAGGCCGCCCCUCUGCAUUCCACCCCACGAGCCCAGAGGCAGAAGCCGCCCUCCGUGCAUCACCACCACCACUAUGCACCCCCAGCCCAGCUGCAGGCCUCCCCGGCGGGUUACUCCAUGUGGCCCCCAGUGGUCUCAGCCACCAUCCCCCCACCUGCUUCCGGCUUCCUGCACCACAUGGCCAGCCCCUCCUUGGCAGCCCUUAGGAAGCUGCUUGUGGCCUGGGUCAUUUGUUCAGCCCAGCAGGAGUGGUGCUGGGAGUAUGAGCAGGGCUGUGGGGACCCCCACCUGAGCUCUGGCAGCACGACUCACCUGUAG